AUGCCUGCAACGCAAAACGAGACACCCAACAAUCAACGCCGAAAAUGCGCAAGAUGGACCGAGCAUGAAGAUGAGUUGUUGCUCAGACUGAGAAAGGCCGAUAGUAAAAUUUCAUUUUAUAUGUUCCAGAAGGAAUAUCAAGUCCAUUUUCCCGAUAGAACUGCCAGCGCAUUAGAACAACAAUACAGGAAGCUGGAGAACUCAGAAAAAGACGGAAGAAAGGAGACACCGAAAAGUUGUAUCGCCGUCCUUAAAGUACCCAAGCGCCCGGCUGCUCCUACACCAGAUACUAUGGCACAUAGUGGUCCAUGUAAACAGCCCAGACUGGGAGGCGAACAAGACGGAGGGAUGGAUUGUGAUGUUGCACCUCCAAUCCAGAUCGGCCAGAUACUGCCUCAGAGUCACCCACAGUAUCCUCAGUAUACAACUCCGAAAGCUUCCACAACAGUCCCACCGCGAUAUGGCCUCCAGCAGGCCAACUUGCCAAAAGCUCCCCAGUUCCAAUCGUCCUUCUCGUCGGGUUCAUACAGAUCAGUUGUCCCAGCCGCCGGGCAAACUGUGCAGUAUCCCCUUACAACGCCCAGCUUCAUACAAGCAACCCCUCAGAUCCCAGUCCAGAGCGACACCGCCAUAGAAAAAAGCCCCAACAACCAUCCCACUCCGGCGCCACCGGCACCAGCCCAGGACACACAGCAAACUCAUUCUACAACUCUAGCCGAAAGCCGAGAAUCCACCGACGGUGAGGAAAGCGACGAGACCUCAUCCACGACAGACUCAGAGCUUCCAGACCCUGACUCUCUAUGGCAUCAUGACCCCCCUACACCCCGGGAACGUUCACAUUCACCUCAGCAGGGGUCUGCCCCCACCUCAUCAGCAGAGGGCUGCGCUACUACGCAAGAGGAGAGAACUCCUAAGAAGGCAGAGCCAACCCCGAGCACGGAGCCACUCCCGCCCUCUGCCCUCAAUCUACUAAACGACCUAAACGAGGACCAAUUCGACCAGGCCAUACUACAUAUUACGGUGCGGCGCUCGCGAAUGCGGGAAUUAAGGAGUAUCCAGAGGGAGACUGGGGAUACUGCACUGCUCAAGCGGCGGAUCGAGGAGUUGGAGAAGCAGCUGACUACUCAGAACAAACAGAUACAGAGCUUGGAGGCCGAGGGGAGUUUGCGGGUUGCCGCGUUGGAGAAACAGGUCGUUGAUAUUGUGGCUCAGGGGAGAGAAGAUAGAUGGAGGCUUGAGAAUCUGGAGGGGUUCAUCGAGGAGAAUACACAGUUACACAAUAAGUGGAAGGCACAGGUGGGGAAGGGUGUUCCGGCUGGGAAGGUUUGA